CAUUUAGUUCGGGACUCAUCCGCUUCUGCCUCUGCCGCCGCCGCUGCCGCUGCUGUCGACCCUGAGCCUGCAGGGCCGCGCGGGGCUGCGCUGGGCGGGCGCCCCCUGUCGGCCGUGCAAUGACUGGGGUCCCCGGGAGGCCCCAGUGAGGAGUCUGGCCCCGGCCACUCCGGGCAUGGACGAGUGGAAACCCGGGCCCUCGGGGAAGCCCUUCGGGGCCAGAAAGAAGCGGGGCUGGUACCUGGCCUGGAAGUACCGGCUGACGAACCAGCGCUUAGUGCGGCGCCUCUGCCAGACCGUGGCCGUGCUCUUUCUUCUCAUCACUGUCCUCGUUAACAUCAAGCUGAUCCUGGACACACGCAGAGCUGUCAUCGAGGAUGGCGAGGACUUGGAGGCAGAGCAGGACUACGAAGAGACUCUGCAACGUCAGGAGCCCCCAAGACGAGGUGCCUCUGGCCCCCACAGGGUGCUGGAUGUGGAGGUCUACUCAAGCAGGAGCAAAGUCUAUGUGGCUGUGGACGGCACCACGGUCCUGGAAGAUGAGGCUCGGGAGCAGGGAAGAGGCAUCCAUGUCAUUGUUCUUAACCAGGCCACGGGCCAUGUGAUGGCAAAAAGGGUGUUUGACACAUAUUCCCCCCAUGAAGAUGAGGCCAUGGUUCUCUUCCUCAACAUGGUGGCCCCUGGACGGGUGAUCAUCUGUACUGUCAAGGACGAGGGCUCAUUUCAUCUUAAGGAUACAGCGAAGGCCCUCCUUCGGAGCCUGGGCAGCCAAGCAGGCCCAAUGCUGGGCUGGCGGGAUACUUGGGCCUUUGUCAGCCGAAAGGGAGGUGCUGUCCUUGGUGAGAAACACUCCAAAUCCCCUACUCUGUCUUCAUGGGGGGAGCCCAUCCUUCUGAAGACGGACAUCCCGCUGAGCUCAGCUGAAGAGGCAGAAUGUCACUGGGCAGACACUGAGCUAAACCGUCGUCGAAAACGCUUCUGCAGCAAAGUAGAGGGUUAUGGGAGUGUGUGCAGCUGUGGGGACCCCACCCCCAUUGAGUUCAACCCUGACCCGCUUCCCAACAAUAAGGUUGCCAAUGUGCCUGUGGCAGUCAUUGCAGGAAACCGGCCUAACUACCUGUACAGGAUGCUGCGUUCUCUCCUCUCUGCUCAGGGUGUGAACCCCCACAUGAUAACGGUCUUCAUCGAUGGCUACUAUGAGGAGCCCAUGGAUGUGGUGGCCCUAUUCGGUUUGAAGGGAAUUCAGCACACACCCAUCAGCAUCAAGAAUGCCCGAGUGUCCCAGCAUUACAAGGCCAGCCUCACCGCCACCUUCAACCUCUACCCUGAGGCAAAGUUUGCUGUGGUCCUAGAAGAGGACUUGGACAUUGCUGUUGAUUUCUUCAGUUUCCUCAGUCAGUCCAUCCACCUGCUGGAGGAAGACGAGUCGGUCUACUGUAUCUCUGCCUGGAAUGAUCAGGGCUAUGAGCACACAGCUGAAGACCCAGCCCUGCUGUACCGAGUGGAGACCAUGCCUGGCCUGGGCUGGGUGCUCAGGAAAUCCCUGUAUAAGGACGAGCUGGAGCCACGUUGGCCCACACCGGAGAAGCUCUGGGACUGGGACAUGUGGCUGCGGAUGCCAGAACAGCGCCGAGGUCGCGAGUGCAUCAUUCCCGACGUUUCCCGUUCCUACCACUUUGGCAUCGUGGGCCUCAACAUGAAUGGUUACUUCCACGAGGCCUACUUCAAGAAGCACAAAUUUAAUACCGUCCCUGGUGUCCAGCUCCGGAAUGUGGACAGCCUGAAGAAGGAUGCUUAUGAGGUCGAAGUCCUUCGGCUGCUCAGUGAGGCCGAGGUCCUAGACCACAGUAAGGAUCCGUGCGAAGACUCUUUCGUGCCAGAUACGGAGGGCCGCACGUACGUGACCUUCAUCCGCAUGGAGCAGGAGAAUGACUUCACCACGUGGACCCAGCUUGCCAAGUGCCUGCACAUCUGGGACCUGGAUGUCCGAGGCAACCACCGGGGCCUGUGGAGACUCUUCCGGAAGAAGAAUCAUUUCCUAGUGGUUGGCGUCCCAGCCUCUCCGUACUCGGUGAAGAAGCCACCAUCAGUGACUCCCAUCUUCCUGGAGCCACCAGCAAAGGAGGAGGGCGGGGGGCCCGGAGGAGCCAUGGAGCAGACAUGAGGGAGCCGCCUGCCAGGCUGGGCCCAGGGAAGCCCCCCGGAGCCCACACUCCCAUCAGCCUCUGCGGAGGCCUGGAACCCUU